AUGUCUCUAUCAACAAGGUCGGAUGCUAUUAAGGAUUUUAGGCCUAUUGGUUUGAGUAAUUUUUUCUUCAAAAUCAUUACAAAAUUUUUGGAUACCAGGCUUGGUACGGUUCUGAAUAGACUGAUUUCUGAAGAACAAGUGGCUUUUAUGAAGGGAAGGAACAUUCAUGAAAAUAUAGCUCUUGCGUCUGAAUUGAUUAAUGAGAUUUCUACGCCAAGGAACUUUGGUAAUGUCGGCUUAAAACUUGACAUUGCUCAAGCUUUUGAUACUAUAAGUUGGGAGUUUAUAACUGAAGUUUUCCGUCAAUAUGAGGGUUUCUUUGGCAUCACUAGAGGGUUGCACCAAGGUGAUCCUCUUUCACGUUUGAUUUUUGUUCUUAUUGAAGAUAUUUUGAGUCGUAAUCUCUCUAAAUUGUUUGCUAAUAGAAGUAUGCACAACAUGGUUAGUAAGAAAGGUGUGGCUCCAACACACUUUCUCUUUGCGGAUGAUAUUCUUGUUUUCUGCAGAGGUAAUCUUCAUAGUUUGCAAAAUUUGAAGACUAUGCUUAGUGUCUAUGAGAAGGCUUCAGGCCAGUGCGUAAAUUAUGCGAAGAGCAAAUUUUAUUACAGUGGUGGCACUUAUUCUCGGAGUAUUGCUAUUACUAAUUAUUUGGGCAUGGAAAGAGCUUUAUUUCUGGAUAAACAUCUGGGAAUUCAAUUGAAGCCUGGAAUUUUGCGGCACAUUCAUGUCAGGCAGGUGGUUGAAAAUAUUAUGGACAAGUUGGCUGGUUGGAAGGGUAAACUCUUAUCUUUUCAAGCUAGACUGGUGUUGAUCAGAUCGUUGAUUGCUAGUUAUGUUAUUCACUAUAUGGCUGUUUAUAAAUGGCCUUGCAAUAUCAUUAAACGGGUUAAGAGAGCCAUUAUGAAUUUUCUUUGGUCGGGUGAUGCGGAAAAGAGUAAGUUCUUUACGGUUUUAUAUGACAACCUGUGUUGUUCAAGACGUGAAUGUGGCAUGGGGCUUAGAAGAUUGAUUGAUGUUAACAAGGCUAUGCUUAUGAAGUUAUGGAUUUCAAUUCGUGAUUCGGACAAGACUUGGGACAGAUUUUUGAGGGUGAAGUACUUCAAAUUGAAUGGAGUUUUGAUUGAUUACAAACUUGGUUAUACGGUUUUUCCUGGAAUCAGCACUCGGGAUUUGAUGGUUCGGCUCAAUAUUGAUGUUGGAAACUUGCCUAUUAUUGUUGGGGGCGAUGACUAUAAGAUUUGGGAUUUUGAUAGCAAAGGAGUCUUCUCAUUUAAAUCUGCAAAGGCUGCCAUUAGAGAGAAUGCAGAAACUCUGCCAACUGCAACUUUAUUUUCUCGGCCAGUUGUGCACCCUACUCUAAGUGUUCAAUAUUGGAAGAUCUGGGCAAAGCAGUGUUGUGCUAGUGAUGAUAAUGUCAUUAAGUAG